AUGACUAAUCAAGAUUCUUGGUCACAACGUCUUCGAGAACAUUGCCUCGUGCGAGGUCUACAGGAGCCUCAGUAUCAGGAUCUCUCUGAUCGCCGCGGAGGGAGAACAGCCUGGGCUACCGUGGUCACCGUCAAUGGAAUGAAUUUCCAGGCGCGUUUCUGGUAUGACGGCAACUAUCUUCACCAAGCCAAGGAGGAUUGCUCUGAAAUUGCGCUACGGGCGCUGACUGGAUUCACGAAUUCGACCCAGGCGCCACCCCCGGCAAGCCACUAUCGAACAAUCGGGAAUCAUCGAGACCAGGGUGUGGCCUCUGGGUAG